AGGACUGUCAACUUCUCCUAGGGCAGAUUACCCCCCAGUGCGCCAAACGCCAUAGCUCACUCGUUAAGCUACGGAAUCGAGUGAUUCAACUUUCAGUGGAAAGCUGACGCUGCCAGAUACAACAUAUCCGAUUUUCAGAUCGUUUCACCGAUUGGAGUUUUUGAUAUAGCUAUUCGAAGGUCGCAAGUUUUCUGGGCGUCAUAACGAAGUGCUGCAGAAAUUUCCAAGGAGCCAUUGAAUCAUCUGCUUAUAGCCUUCUCCAACCAACAAGUGGUAUCAGAGCCUAUUAUCACGCAUUUGGGACCUAAAAUACGAUGGGAGAUAAAGAGGACUCUGGUGGAGGUGAUACUUCAGUCCAAGGAGGCAGCUCAACCCAAGAUUCUGGCAUUGCAGCGCAAAGGGGAGCGCGUACAAGCCAGGGGUCACUGCUUAAGGAGGUGCUGAAGAACUUCACCAUUGAGAAGUUCUCUGGAGAUGGCUAUGAUGAUUGGGCAUGGAAGAUGCAGCUCUACUUUCGACAAAUUGGCCUCUUGAAGCUGAUGAUUGGAACGGAGCCAAGGCCAAAGGAAAUGGCAGAGCAAGCGGACUGGGAUGAACGUUCAUCUGCUGGGUAUUAUCUACUGUCACAAAGCUUGGAGCUGAACCAGAGGCAUCACAUCAUGCAUCUGCUACCGGAAAUUGAUUGUGGGCCCAAGGCAUGGGCAGUGCUCAAGGACCUGCACGCUCCGACAUCGGUUGCCGCUUCUCUUAUGCUGGAUCGGGAGCUGUCCAUGCUGCGGUUGAGCGAGAAUGAACCUGUGCAGCCCGUACUGGACAAGAUGAGGGAACUCUACGCGAAAUUGGCGAUUGCAGGCAUCACGUACCCAGAGCAGACAAAGUGUCUCAAGAUGCUCAGCCUGCUGCCGGAGUCUUGGCUGCAAUUUAUAAGCGGACUCAGCUUGCCACAAAACCAAAGUCAAUGGACAUUGGAGUGGAUUCGCACCAAGAUUCUGGAAGAAGAUUUUCGUCGCUAUACACUGCGCGGAGGUGAUGACAGCACCAGCGGCUAUGCCAUGCAAGGGACAUGGAGGGAUCGAGGGCGUGGCAAUCGCGGUCGCUCUUACCACAGCCAAGGUGGUCGCGGGACUUGGAACCAGCGGGGGCGUGGUGGCGCUGGUGCAAGAGGAAGAGGUGGUCACUCCAACAAUGACAACAGUGAACCACGCUUGAGGGGAGAGUGCUGGUAUUGCAAGGAAGAAGGGCAUCCAUGGUUUCGCUGCCCUACCAAGCCCGACUGGUGGACCCCUUGGAACCAAUCGCAGAACGGGAAUGGAGGAAAGCAACCACAUGGAGGUGCCAACAUGGUAGCUGAUCCUGCUGAAGAAACCUCCAAGGAUGACAGAGGAAUGGGAAAUGAGGAGAGGAAUGCUGGACAGUUCUACCAUGUGUGUGACAAAGAUGACAGUGGCAUAGCUGUUGCAAGGGCUGGAGAGGAAUUGCACCCGCUUGACAUGUGGGUCAUGGACUCUGGUGCUGCAUGGACAAUGACACCACGCAAGGACUUGCUGGAUGCUGUGCGAGCGCCUCCAAUCUCUGAAGUGCGCUCAGCAUCCGGACAUGCAGUGAAGGUCGCUGGAGUUGGUCGAGCUGCAUUCAGAGCACCUGAUGGUGGACUGGUUGUGCUGAAGGACGUGUUACUCGUACCGGGGCUGAAGGCCAAUCUGAUAUCGCUGCGCAAGCUAGGCCAGGCCGGAGUCAGCACCACCACUAAUGGAUCCAAAACAUUCAAGGGGCUGCGAGGAGAUCGUGUGUUAUGGGAUUUACACGAAAGCAGAGAUGUCUUCAGAUCCAUGUGGCAGAUCCCUGCACUGAUAUGGGAAUCAACAAAGAAGGAGUUGGGAGAAGUAAAGGUGGGAUCUGGAGUCCAGGGGGAGUGUAAUGCAGUUAGUGCUGCAGGAGUGACGGUUUCUGCAAGGUCGGGGGAGACUGAUUGGGAAUCCGCACACAGGCGUCUAGGGCAUGUGGCUAUGCCAUUGCUGCAGCAACUGCAUAAGGAAGAAGCAGUAAAGGGGCUCAAGCUUUCUGGGCAACCAAAUGAUACCAAGUGCGAGACGUGUCUGCUGAGCAAGUUCACACGGUUCCCCUUUCACGGCGUAGCUGGGAAAAGCAAGGCAGCACUGGAACUGGUGCACAUGGACCUCGUAGGACCUUUUCCAGUCCGAGGAAGUAAGGGGGAAAGGUACUUCCUGACAAUAGUUGAUGACUGGAGUCGGCUGAUGUGGGCAUACCCGUUGAAGCAGAAGGAUCAUGCUGCCUCAACAAUACGAGAUGAUUGGCUGCCGUUCGUCGAGCGACAAUCUGGGCACCCAUGCAAGAGCAUCAGAACCGACCGAGGUGGAGAGUUUCUAGGAGGAGAUCUGACUGCGUGGCUCAAGAAACAAGGCAUUGAGCAUCAGCUAACGACGUCCUAUACCCCUCAGUCAAAUGGCGUUGCUGAGAGGGCUAAUAGGACCAUCCUGGAAACUGCGCGAGCGCUGCUGAUCGAAUCAGGGCUGGGGAACUCCAUGUGGCCUCAUGCGGUGAGGCAUGCUACAGUGGCAAGGAACCGCGUACUCACAAAGGUGGCUGAUGAUAUGUGGGUGCCGCUGGAGAGGUGGCUUGGAAAGAAGCCUCCAGUGGACAUGCUUCGAGUGUUCGGAUGCAUGGCAGUGGCGCAUGUCCCUAAACCGUACAGGACAAAGCUUGGAGCAUCUGCACUUUGGUGUGUGCACCUUGGGCUUGCGGCAGAGAGCAAGGGGUGGCUAUUCUGGGAGCCCUCAAAGAAUGUGCUGUUUGACAGUCGGGAUGUCAAAUUUGUGGAGAACAUCAUGUAUGGCAAGUGGGAGAAGCAGCCGGAGGCAAGGGUCACCCAGCAGCUGGAAGAGAUCACUAUGCAUUUCGAUCUGUCCGAACCUGAGGACAGCGAAGUCACUGCGCCAACGGCAAGCGGUACUGAUGAAGGAAGCCAUGAGGAUAUUGCAGCUGAUGCUGAAGUCAAGGAUCCGGAGCAGCAGCAGCAAGAGGCUUCCAAAACACCAAGUCUGCCAAAGCGAAGGAAACAGAUUGGUGGGGGGACAAAGGAUUGGGUGAAGGUGAAAGAAUGGGUAAAUCCAACCAUCUACCCUGCACGUACCAGAAUGGCAACGAGAAAGCUGCUGAGCUCCACAAGUGGAGAAGCCACAACUGAGCAGCAGGAACAGGCUCAAGGCGAAGAUGCAGUGCUGUUCUUGGGUGAUGACCAAGAGUCAGAUGACGAGGAGCCUGCAUACUGCUUUUACGCACCAAUACAACCUCCGAGCAUGGAUCAUGCGCUAGCCGGGCCUCAACGGGGGAAGUGGCUCGUUUCAAGAGAUGCAGAGUACAACAGCCAGAUGGAGAAUCACACAUGGGAUCUGGUGUACUUGCCAAAUGGGAAGAAGACAAUACAGUGCAAGUGGCUGGCAAAAAUCAAGACGGAUGAGAAAGGAGAGCCAUCAGUUUACUAGAGCAGGCUGGUGGCAAAGGGGUUUCA